AUGGAUGAUUUAUCAGCUUUGUCUGAUACUGACAUCCCUUAUCUUCAAUUUCUUCUUAUGGAUGUAGAUAGUGAGCCUUACCAGCCUACUACAUCUACUACAGUGGUAAUCGGCGACCCGCCUCACGCAAGCGUCGAUGAUACAGACACCGAGCCUCUCGCCGGUGUUGGUGAUACAGACACUGAGCCUCUCGCCAGUGUUGCUGAUACAGAUAUUGAGCCUCACGCCGAUAUCGUUGAUACAGAUAUUGAGCCUCACGCCAACAUCAGUGAUACUCCCAUAGGUGACUCUCAGGGCGCCGAUGGUACUGAGAGUGUUGGUGUAUCUUCGCCAGGUGGGUCAGCAAACCCAAUCAAAGCUUGCUCUUCUACUCUAGCUGUUGUUUCUCCCUCCAGGGCCCCCUCUGCACCAGGCUUCCAGUUCUCAGCUCCUUCUCCUCCUGAGGUGAUCUAUGCCAUACCCACUGAGGUGGUGGACAUGCUCAGCGGCUUCACAUCUCAAUGUCAGUUGCUCAUCUCUCAACAGGCCUCCCUUAGCACUGAUUUAUCUGGGAGAUUGGACUGCGUUACAUAUGAACUGCAUCAGCACAUUGCCAUCUUGGCAGAUCAUAGCAUUGCCUUCUCUGCUCUUAAAGUUACGGUUGAUUCUCUGGAUGCUCGUAUGACUGCUCUAUCUGAUUCUCAAUCCAGCAUCUCUGAAGCUAUCGCUGAUCUUCGUGCUCGAUCGGAAAGUGCUCUCCUUACUCCUACUUCUCUUGUUACUGCUUCUGUGCCUUCCUCACAUGCAAAUGUGGAGGGUCCUUCUGUUGCUGCUAGUGGACCUUCCCAUGUUCCCACUGAGGGGGAGAAGACAGUUGAUCCUUCUACCAGUGACAACGGGGACGACGACUCAACUUCUACUUCUUCUACCUCUUCAUCUUCAACUGAGUCAGACGGUGAUACUCCUAUUGAGGGGGAACUAUUUGAUCAUGAUGAUAGAGCCACAACACCUGUUUAG